CUUGUCGAAUUUCGAUCCUUUUGACGACCGACCGCUCGACGAUAUCGACAAUUCCCUCGCGGACACACCACAGCCCACGCAGUCAAGAUGCGGUACAUUUACUCCGAGGAACGGCUGCCUAUCCCCGAGAAUGUGAAGGUUCACAUUCGCUCGCGCAUUGUGACCGUUGAGGGACCCCGAGGCAAGCUCGUCAAGGACCUCUCCCACAUUGCCGUCACCUUCGGCCGCCCCGAGAAGAAUGUCAUCUCCAUUGAGAUGCACCACGGUGUCCGCAAGGGAAUGGCCUCCCUUCGUACCGUCCGCACCCUCAUCAACAACCUGAUCAUCGGUGUCACCAAGGGCUUCAAGUACAAGAUGCGCUACGUCUACGCUCACUUUCCCAUCAACGUCAACAUUGAGAAGAACCCCGAGACCGGCCUGCACGACGUUGAGAUCAGAAACUUCUUGGGUGAGAAGUACGUCCGCCGUGUGACCGCCCAGCCUGGCGUUGAGGUCAUCACCUCCCCCAACGUUAAGGAUGAGCUCCAGAUCUCCGGUAACUCCCUGGAGGGUGUCUCCCAGAGUGCUGCCGACAUCCAGCAGAUCUGCCGUGUCCGCAACAAGGAUAUCCGUAAGUUCCUUGACGGUCUGUACGUGUCGGAGCGGGGUAACAUUGUCGAGGAGUAAACGGUGGUUGUCCGCCUUGGUGGGUAGUGACGGAUGUCUGGAGAAUCUCUUUUUUUUCGCCUACUUGCAUAGGGAAGCAACGCGGAAUUUAAAACCAAAAUCAUGGAAUUCAAAUGCCCCCCCUUGACGUGUUUACGGAUCGGGAUGACUCCUUGUACCUCCGUUGGGAAUGAGAAUGACAGUGUGUGCGUGGUGUGUAGACAAAAAUUACCGGUCGGCUUUUACUGAGCAAUCCAAAUAUCCUCUUUUCUGUUCCUUUAUCGACAUUUUAGACGGAUUCCCUUGCCAUGGAUUUGCUGCGUAGUAGAGUGAUCGGAAUAGUAUAGAUAAUGGGAGUGAUUCCAUGCAUCUUCAAUGGUUUGCGGGGAGAGAGGCCCUUCCCCCAUCUUGUGUAUGUCAUCAUCGUCUUCCUCUUCCUCUUCAUUGUCUUCCAUCACUUCUCUCCGCACCCCUCUCUCAUUCCCAUCAGUUGCUUGUCAUUCCAGGAUACUUAUG